UCUUAGCCUCUUGAGAACGAAGCCCACACUCUUUACGUGAAGUCAGUGAGUGCAAUUGUAGGAAGAUGAAAUGCCAAACUUCCUAUAAAUCAAACACCUCAAAACUCGAUGGUACCCGAUUUAUGUGAUCACUGCCUGACCUUUUGGAAACAGAGGAUAACGGUUACCCAUCACGGCAAAGGUCCACAAAUCCUAGUCCUUUGCAGAACUCCAACAUCUCUAGUUAUGAACGACAAGUGAAUCAUUUGAUUCAAACUAAGAAACCGUAUAUGAAUGUGCCACGAUCUUGGGAUAACAUCGUUAGCUACGAACAACAAGUGGAUAAUGCAAUUCAGGUUGUGAAACUGCAGAGGUAUGCGCCAGAAUCCUGGGACAACAUCGUUAGCUACAAACAACGAGUGGAUGAUGCAAUUAAGACUCCGCAACCGCAAUGGAAUGCACCACAAUCCUGGGACAACAUCGUUAGCUACAAACAACGAGUGGAUGAUGCAAUUCAGACUCCGCAACUGCAGAGGUAUGCUCCACAAUCCUGGGACAACAUCGUUAGCCACAAACAACGAGUGUAUGAUGCAAUUCAAACUAUGAAACCCAUUCCAAGUAAUGCACCAAAAUCCAAGGACAAUAUCGUAAGCCACAAACAACGAGUGUAUGAUGCACCAAAGGUCUUGGACGACGACGACUUUAGUUAUGGACGCUACAAACAACGAGUGUAUGAUGCACGCCACAAACAACAAGUGUAUGAUGCACCAAGGUAUGGCGACGAUUAUGGACGCCACAAACAACGAGUGUAUGAUGCACCAGGGUAUGAUGCACCAAAGGUCUUGGACGACGAUUAUGGACGCCACAAACAACGAGUGUAUGAUGCACGAGGGUAUCAUGUACCAAAGGUCUUGGACGACGAUUAUGGACGCCACAAACAACGAGUGGAUGAUGCACGAGGGGAUCAUGUACCAAAGGUCUUGGACGAGGAUUAUGGACGCCACAAACAACGAGUGUAUGAUGCACCAAGGUAUGGCGACGAUUAUGGACACCACAAACAACGAGUGUAUGAUGCACCAAAGGUCUUGGAUGACGAUUAUGGAAGCCACAAACAACGAGUGUAUGAUGCACCAGGGUAUGAUGAGGACUUGGACUACGACGACUUUAGUUAUGGACGGUGAGUGGAGUUAUGGACGGUGAGUGGAUGAUGUAACUAGUGUACGAGUGUAUGAUGCACCAGGGUAUGAUGAGGACUUGGACGACGACGACUUUAGUUAUCGACGGUGAGUGGAUGAUGUAACUAAUUAAGACUGCAUCAGGGUAUGAUGAGGACUUGGACGACGACGACUUUAGUUAUGGACAGUGAGUGGAUUUAUGGACGGUGAGUGGAUGAUGUAACUAAUUAAGACUUUUGUGUGUGUGUGUGUGUGUGCGCGCGUGCGUGCAUGUUUGUGUGUGUAAUUUUAUGAAUAUCCGUCAAUUUGAAUUAAUGAAAUGACGUAUCAAAUGAUU